AAGUUGUAACAGUUUUUCUCCUGGUGCUGUAACUGGAUUAUAUCAACAAACAACGUGCAAGGGAAGAGGCAUCCAGAGGGCGGAAGGUUCAUGAACUCCUCUGCGACAGACAGACAUUUCUCCCAUUGAGCGGAAGUGAUCCAAGAGCAAAAUAACAGGAUACGAGGAUACAUGCCAAAAGAUCAUAAAAUAUAUUAUAAAACCGCAUAGAUUUCUGAGCAACCAGAGACCAGACACCACCAGUCAUGCCACUCUUCACGAGGAAAACCUCCAAGCCGGGAACUGCAGCAGAUAACACCUCACAGAACAGCAACAACAGUGAUGGGGGGAAGGGCAAAGGAGCCUCGGGCGUACCCGUCACCAUCCAGAACAACAAUAACAAUAACCACAGCGCCGACUACGCGAAGCCCCCACUGGUGUUCCACUGCCAGCUGGCGCACGGCAGCCCCACUGGACUCAUCCACGACUUUUCGAGCGUGCGAGAGCUGUACCAGAAGAUCGCCGAAUGCUUCGACAUCUCGGAAAAGGACAUCCUGUUCUGUACGCUCAACUCGCACAAGGUGGACAUGGCCCGUCUGUUGGGCGGGCAGAUAGGUCUGGAUGAUUUCAUAUUCGCCCACCGCAAGGGUCGGCCCAAGGAGAUCGAGAUAGUCAAGUCACAGGAGGCCCUCGGGCUGACCAUCACCGACAAUGGGGCCGGCUAUGCCUUCAUCAAGCGCAUCAAAGAGGACUCGAUCAUCGACCGCAUCGAGCACAUCUGUGUGGGCGAUCACAUCGAGAAGCUGGAUGGCCAGAAUAUGGUUGGCAAGCGGCACUACGAGGUGGCCCGCAUGCUCAAGGACAUUCCCACAGGUGAUACCUUCACGCUGCGCCUGGUGGAGCCCGUGCGAAGCGGUUUCCAGGGCAUUGGGCCGCGCAGUCAGUCGCGCGCCACAGGCAGCGCCGGCGGCGGACGCAACUAUGGCAGUGGCAAGGAGACGUUACGUUUCAAGGCCAAUGGAAAUGCACAGAUCGAGCCGCAGUUCGACGAGGCCACGGUGGCCGGGAUCGAUGCCAUCAAUAAUCUGCUCGAGUCCUUCAUGGGCAUCAACGACACGGAGCUGGCGUCGCAGAUCUGGGAUUUGGGUGACAAAAAGUCGAACUCAAUGGACUUUGCCGAGUCCAUUGACAGCUCGGACCUCGAGUCCUUUGGCUUCACCGACGACUUCAUCAUCGAGCUCUGGGGUGCUAUAACGGAUGCCCGCCGCAAGUCCACGACCACUCCCAAGUGAAGGAUGUAUGUGAGAACUGAGUGCUCGCGCGUUUUAUAUUGACUAUUGUCUUCUUUAGGAACCAAUAAAAAAUUCAGAAACCAUUAGAGAAACUGAGAGCUAAGCCCAAGCCCAAGCAGAA